GAUUGGCCGAGGGCACCUCCCGCCGCCAUGGCCGCGCUGGGGCGCCCGGCAGCGGCGCGGAGUCCGAUCCCCUGACAGCCGACCCUCAUCUCCCCACACCGGCAUCCCUCCCCGCCCUCAUUGCCCCCUAACGGCAACAGCCACCACCACUCACCCUCUAAAUCUCCCAAUCCCUCCAGGCCCCCUCCCCGGACUAAUUUUCUUCCCCUCCACCCCCUUUCCAGCCACUCCCACCCCCUCAUUUUCAUAUUCGCUGUUCUGCACCUGAGUCUCCUCCUCCUCUUUCCUAAAUGCCACCUCGAUGCCUCCACGUUCCGGUAAAGCGGCUGCUCGCUGCCCUUCACCCCGGCCUCGCCUUGUCCCCGCGCGCUGCCCCUCUCCCCUCCCGCUGCCCCGGGCCCUCCCGGUCACCCCCGCUGCCCGCCCGCUUCUCUCGCUCUUUCUGGGGAACAGCUUCAUCGCGCCUUUCCAGCCGUCGCGACGCACCUGUGCAGGCGGCUGUAGAGCAGCGGACGGGGCUCGGGUUUGGUCCCGAGGUGCUGUAGCCGAGUUUCUAGUCUUGUCUUAUGUACCUUGCAUACGGCUUCCAGCACGGUAACGCCGAGGUGUGUUGGAGCGCAGAGGGAAUAUAUGAAGGAGGAGGUGGAGGAGUGUGCUGAAGAUGAGGCGACUGAAUCGGAAGAAGACCUUGACUUUGAUGAAAGAAUUGGAUGCUUUUCCAAAGGUUCCUGAAAGCUACGUGGAGACUUCAGCGACCGGAGGCACAGUUUCCCUGAUAGCAUUUACGACCAUAGCUUUCCUGACUAUAAUGGAGUUCACGGUGUAUCGGGACACAUGGAUGAAAUAUGAAUAUGAAGUAGACAAGGAUUUUACUAGUAAGUUAAGAAUCAAUAUAGAUAUUACGGUUGCCAUGAGGUGUCAAUAUGUGGGGGCUGAUGUUCUGGAUUUAGCAGAAACAAUGGUUGCCUCUGCAGAUGCGCUGAUCUAUGAACCAGUAGUAUUUGAACUCAGCCCACAACAAAAAGAAUGGCAAAGGAUGCUGCAGGUAAUUCAGAGUAGGCUGCAAGAAGAACACUCUCUUCAAGAUGUGAUAUUCAAAAGUGCUUUUAAAAGUGCUUCUACAGCACUGCCACCACGGGAAGAUAAUUCAUUACAGUCUCCAGAUGCAUGCAGAAUUCAUGGUCAUCUCUAUGUCAAUAAAGUGGCAGGGAACUUUCACAUAACUGUGGGCAAGGCCAUACCACACCCUCGAGGCCAUGCACACUUGGCAGCCCUUGUAAGCCAUGAGUCCUAUAACUUCUCUCAUAGAAUAGAUCAUUUGUCAUUUGGAGAGCUUAUUCCAGGAAUCAUUAAUCCUUUGGAUGGAACAGAAAAAAUAGCAUCAGAUCACAACCAGAUGUUCCAAUAUUUUAUCACAGUUGUGCCAACCAAGCUACAUACGUAUAAAAUUUCAGCAGAAACGCAUCAGUUUUCAGUGACAGAAAGGGAAAGAGUAAUUAACCAUGCAGCUGGCAGCCACGGGGUGUCAGGAAUAUUCAUGAAAUACGACAUCAGCUCACUUAUGGUGACGGUGACAGAAGAACACAUGCCUUUUUGGCAGUUCUUAGUGAGGCUCUGUGGCAUUAUUGGGGGAAUUUUUUCAACGACAGGAAUUUUACAUGGCUUUGGAAGAUUUGUAGCAGAAGUUAUUUUUUGCCGUUUCAGACUGGGCUCUCACAGAUCCACAUCGGUCCCACUUCCUGAUGGCCACACAAGCAACCACUUACCUCUAAUUACAGACAAUAAUACGCAUUAGACUCCUGAAAAAACUUUCUUCCUGCUGGACACAGAAGACAUUUUUAUAAUAAAGAAAACAUUGUGCAAUAUGCUGAGACAGUGCUGAUGGGCAGCAAAAUACGAAGCCUUUACAAAAACAAACCAGAACAAGGCCCCAGAAAACAACAACAAAACAAUUUGUGUACUUUUUUUGUCUGUGUACACGUGGAGUCACAGGAAGUUGUGAGACCAGUGAGGUGGACCAUCUGCUGGAGAUUAAAGAGGCGUUGCUGCCAAUACAGUAUUCAUGAUCGAGCUGAAUGUCGUUGUGAUGACUGACAUCGACCUCUGGAACAUCUUGGUGACCUUGGCUCUGUGCCCAGGAAGGGUCCGAGGAGAGCAGAGCACACGUGGGACGUGUGGAAGGGCUGGGCAGCAGGUGAAGGGCAGUGCCAGAGCUGGGGUUUGGGGUUUCUAGUUCUUUUGUGAUGGUGGGGCUGGGGGCUAAGAUGCUGUUCUUACAGCUGGGGAGCGAUCCCAGAAAAUCCUGAAGAAGAGGGAGACAGGAGAGAACUCAGGGAGUAACGUGCAGCCCAAGCCAUAACUUUGGUCUUCGCCGCUGCCUUUCCGUAGUCCCACCGUUCCUUGCUGGAAGAAACAUGAUGCGGAGCAGGGGAGAACCUCUGUGUUUCCACACAGCCGCUUCACAGCAGUGAGAAUCCCUUCUGGUGUGGAUGUGGAAGUGCCCAAGGAUGCUGAGAAUGGGCUCCAGUGUGCACAGUCUUUUUGAGCUGGAAUAAUGACUUGCCUUUUGAACAAGGCACUUGACUGUAGUUUUGGUAAUAAGGCAAGACUCCCUAGCAAAAGAUCAGGAAAUCUCUUCGUACUCCUUGGUAAAGAAAUUGCUUUGAUGCAACCUUUGUUGUACCCCUGCUGCUGGUGUGCAAGCCAUGGUCUGUAAAUCCUGGAGAUGGGGAGGAGAAAGAGCAAGAAGCUGCCUUGCUUGGCUCAGCAAAAACUGCAGAAAUACGGAAUUCAGUGCAGCCUGGGCAGGGAGCGAUGGAGUUGGUAGUAGGUGACUUCAGGGAAUCUGAAUCAUUUUGCUGCAGACAGAUGAUGAGAAGGGAUCUGCAGAGUUAAUCCUUAUUGUUCAUGAAGGUUUUUGUAAAAGAAAUAAAGAGAGCAAUAUCAGUUUUAUAUUGUAAAUAUGCUACUAAGAAUGAAUGCUACUAAUGCAGAUGGUGCUUUGAGAAGUAAAACAUCCUCUUACACCUGUGGUUAAACAGUUGUCCCACCAGGGUAAAAAAUUAAUAAUAUGAUUCCUUCUCAGCAAAACUGAUUUAAUAAUAUAUUAGGAGAUGAUGCUGACCCUGGCCUCACUCACCAUGGAAUGAAUAUUAUAAUUGAGAGGACUAACUAUGGAAAAAUAAAAAUCUCUGUGGCAUUGUCAGAUUUUGCUGACUUCUGUUAAUGUACUUCAGAGGACACUUGGGUCUUGGUGAUGAGCACAGCGUAAAUAAUAUAGCUGAAUUGCUAUGCAAAGCAAAGGGCUUCCUAAACUGAGAAAUCAUAUGAAAUAGUAAACAAAGUAUGGGAAACGAGGCAAGAAUUUUGUUCAGCUGUUGAGAAAGACAGAAGUUCAAGGAAGCCAGGUCCUUGGGGUUGACAGCCAGGUUUGGGGUGUUCUCUUUUGUGGGUUUUUUAACGCUAAUUAAAACUCAAGCAGCUUUGAGAAACUCUUGUCCUUGGUAAGUAAGUAAAUCAAAAGCUGUAAAUUUUUGGUUCCUGUUUCUCUUUGUCGUUUCCCUCUGAGGUUUCUUCCCUACUCUUACUCGGACUGAUUCUGCUUUGGGCUUUCUCCUGACACUUGUUUCUUAUCUGCCUGGAACAGACUGUACUGGUGGGAGAUACUGAUCUCAGUUGACUUUCUGUACCAGAAUUUCAAUGUUAUUUUCUAUUCUCACAUAAAAGAGCCAAGUGGCUUGGAGUGUCUUAAA